AUGAACAUGCAGAGCUAUCUUUUCGAAAGCAAGCCGUUGGCUCACCCUGAGGCCACGGUCACCGGUCCCCAUUACCGCUUCACGCUGCUGACCGACCGGCUGCUCCGCUACGAAUGGUCGUACGACGGCAAAUUCGAGGACCGGGCAUCGACCUUUGCCAUCAACCGCGAGUUUGCUGUGCCCCGGUUCCAGGCCAUCGACCGGCCUGACGACCUAGAAAUCAUCACGGACCAUCUGCACCUGAGCUACGACAAGAAGCGCUUCAGCCCCAGCGGGCUGCUGUGCAGCUUCUCAGCCAAGGUCACGCUGUGGGGUGCCCAGUGGCGGUAUGGAGAACAGGCAGACACCGGUGAGAACCUGGGGGGCACUGCCAGGACACUGGACGGCUGUGAUGGCCGUUGCGAGCUGGGCCCCGGCGUGCUGUCCCGGUCCGGGUACGCGGACGUCGACGACAGCAAAUCCAUGCUGUUCGACGGCAAGGGCUUCGUGGCCGGGCGGCUUCCGGGCGACCGCAUCGACGGCUAUCUGUUCUGCCACGGCCACGACUACACAGCUGCCAUCCGGGACUUGUACGCGCUCAGUGGCAAGCAGCCGAUCCUGCCUCGGUGGGCGCUGGGCAACUGGUGGAGUCGCUACUACAAGUAUCAGCAAGACGAGUACAUUGCCCUGAUGGACGCGUUCCGGAGCAGAGACGUUCCCCUGUCGGUGGCCGUGGUCGAUAUGGACUGGCACCUGGUGGACGACGUGCGAGUGCCCCAUGCAGGCUGGACCGGCUACACCUGGGACCGGAAACUCUUCCCUGAUCCCGCCACCUUUGGCCGCGAGCUGCACCGCCGCAAUCUGAAGAUCACCCUGAACGACCAUCCGCACGCGGGCAUCCAUCAUCACGAAGACGCCUACGAGGAGAUGGCCAAGUUCCUGGGCCACGACACCUCCCACAAGAACCCCAUCUUGUUCGACCCGACCAGCCCGCGAUUCAUGGAGGCCUACCUGAACAUUCUGCACCGGAACAUCGAGAAAGUUGCCUGUGACUUUUGGUGGGUAGAUUGGCAGCAAGGCUCCAACACCAAAGUCCCCGGGAUCGACCCUCUCUGGCUCCUGAACCACUUCCAUUUCCUCGACAACGCCCUCGACGGCAAGCGGCCGCUCAUCUUCUCCCGCUACGCCGGCCCAGGCAGUCAUCGCUAUCCCGUCGGCUUCUCGGGCGACACGGUGACGACGUGGGCAUCCCUGGAGUUCCAACCCGAGUUCACCGCGACCGCCUCCAACAUCGGCUAUGGCUGGUGGAGCCACGACAUUGGCGGCCACUAUGGCGGUGCCCGCGACGACGAGCUGGUGACUCGCUGGGUGCAGUUCGGCGUCUUCAGCCCCAUCAUGCGCCUGCACUCGUCGAAUUCGCGCUGGUCCUCCAAAGAGCCGUGGCUCUACCGCCAGGAGAGCGAGACCGCGAUCGAGAAGUUUCUGCGCCUCCGCCACCGUCUGAUUCCUUAUCUUUACAGCUGCAAUGUCCUCGCCUCCACACAGGACGAGCCUCUCAUCCAGCCCAUGUACUGGCACUUCCCGGAGCGGGACGAGGCGUACCAGGUGCCCAACCAAUACUUUUUCGGGUCGGAACUGAUCGUGGCACCGAUUGUCACGCCGCGAGACAAGCGCACCAAUCUGGGCCGGGUCAAGACUUGGUUGCCGCCGAUGCACCGCCACGUCGACAUCUUCACCGGCACAGUCUACGACGGCGACAGAGAACUCAACAUGUACCGAGCCCUGGAUGAGAUCCCGGUCCUCGCACACGAAGGCAGCAUCAUCCCGCUCGACGCCAGUCCGACCCCGCAAGACGGCGGCCCGAACCCGGAACACUUCGAGGUGCUGGUGGUGAUCGGCCGCGACGGGCAGACCAGCGUGCUCGAAGACCGCGCUGACGACUUCCGAACGGCGCAAGAGGAAGGGCCAGAGCCAGGCCGGAACGAAGGUCCUGCGACCGCGACCGCGACCGGCCAUCGCGCCAGCCUGAUCCGGUACCAUCAAGCGGCCGGCGAACUCACCGCGUCCGUGACCGGACGCAAGUGGAGUUUCCGCUUCCUGGCCGUGACCGCGAUCCCGCAGGCGCUGAAGAUCACGAUCGACGGCCAAGACCGCAGCAACGACACCGAAGUCGUCAUCGAGACGUACCCGGCCACGCCGUCGAUGGUGGUGCAUGUCCCGUCCGUUACUGAGAGGGACCGGGACCUGGGCGAGUCCGUCACCCACACCAUCACCAUCUCGUUGGGGCCGGAUCCACAGUUGAGCGUGUUGGACCACAGGUCGCGCAUCGAGCGGCUGCUACUGGAUUAUCAGACGGAAUUCGACAUCAAGGAGCGCAUCUGGACCAUCGUCGACGACGGCCGGAGUGCCAUCAACGUCAAGAUCGGCAAGCUUCUCAGUUUGAGUGUCGACGAGACCCUUACUGAGCCCAUUGCCGAGUUGAUCCUGAGUGACGUGAGAGGCAUGCAUUUGUGA